ACCACGUGAAUUGGGAUUUUUUGGUGUAUAUGUUGGUUAGAAGUGGGUUUGGGGCAAGAUGGAGGCAGUGGAUAAGACACUGUGUAUCAACGGCGCGUUUCUCGGUCUUGGUUAACGGGGAUCCAGUGGGUUUCUCGGUCUUGGUUACGGCAAGGAGAUCCAUUAUCCCCUCUCUUAUUUGUUCUGAUUAUGGAGGCACUAAGCAGAAUGGUGUCAGCGGCGGUAGGGGGUGGAUUUUUCUCAGGUUUUAAUGUGGGGGGCAAUCAUGGUUCCAUCAUUAUUUCUCAUCUCUUGUUUGCAGAUGAUACCUUAUUAUUUUGUGAGGCAACGGCAGGUCAUAUAGAAUCCCUGAAGGCUAUUUUGCUAUGCUUUGAAGCCGUGUCCGGGUUGAAGAUCAAUCUUGCUAAAACGGAGAUGGUUGCAGUGGGAGAAGUAAAUAAUAUCAGGGGGCUAGCUAACAUCUUGGGUUGUGUGGUCUCUUCCUUGCCUUUGAAAUAUCUGGGCCUUCCGCUGGGGGCUUCUUUCAAAGCAAAAUCUAUUUGGGAAGGGGUGCUGGAAAAAUUCGAACGUAGACUGGCUGGGUGGAAAAAGGUAUACUUAUCAAAAGGGGGACGAAUAACCUUGAUUAAAAGUACGCUAUCUAACCUUCCUACAUACUUUUUAUCCUUAUUCCCACUCCCUGCUAGCAUUGCACAGAGAUUGGAGAAACUUCAGAGAGAUUUCCUAUGGGGUGGGAUAGGAGAAGAGUUCAAGUAUCAUUUGGUGGGAUGGGAUAAGAUUUGUACUCCGUUGAGAGAUGGUGGGUUGGGGAUUAGGGAUGUAAGGGCCUUUAAUAUGGCAUUGUUGGGUAAAUGGCUGUGGCGGUAUAAUUGUGAGAGGGAAGCUUUAUGGAAAGGAGUGAUUGACAUAAAGUAUGGUAGUGAAUGUGGGGGUUGGUGUUCUAAAGAGGGAAGGGGGACUUAUGGUGUGGGGCUUUGGAAGUAUAUAAGGAAGGGGUGGGAGUCCUUUUCUUGCAAUACCCGGUUAUGUUUAGGGGAUGGUAGUAGGAUCAGUUUUUGGAUGGAUAGGUGGGUGGGUGAUCUGGUUCUAAAGGAUGCCUAUCCCACAAUCUUUGCUAUUGCACGGGAGAAAGCAGCUGUGGUGGCUGAUUUGAGGGUGAUCUUUCAAGACACACAGGAGUGGAAUAUUAGUCUUACCAGGGAUGCAAAUGAUUGGGAAGUAAAUGACUUGCUGGAGUUUAUGAAUUUACUGUACAGCUUGCCCAUUGCUGCCACAACUGAAGAUGUGAUGGUUUGGAGGCCGAAUAGAAAGGGGAAAUUCUCGCACUAGGGAAGAUCUUGACCACUGACAAUCUUAGAAGACGUGGCCUUAUUAUUGUGGACUGGUGCUGUUUGUGUAGAAACAAUGGAGAGACAGUGGACCACAUACUCCUACACUGUAAGUUCGCAAGUGAGAUAUGGAACUACUUCUUCAACAGAAUGGGAAUAGCAUGGGUAAUGCCAGGUCGGGUGGUGGAGCUUUUAGCAAGCUGGCGAGGAAUCUCCGGGACUCCGCAAAUUGCAUCUUUGUGGAGGAUGGCUCCAAUUUGUAUUUUUUGGUGUAUUUGGAAUGAAAGAAAUGAGAGACUUUUCGAGGAUCAUGAACGUUCCUCGGAAGAGUUUCGGAGUUUCUUAUGGAAGACUUUAUUUCUGUGGGCCAUGGCUUUAGACUUUAAUGGCCUAAGCUUCCAUGAUUUUCUUGCUUCUGUCUCUAGUUCCUAAAUAGGUGUAUGCUCAUGUAUACCUCCAGUGUACCUGGGCUAUGCCCAUCUUUAUCUUAAUAAAGCUCUCUAUUACCUAU